AUGGUAAUAACAAUUAGUAAGGAGCUUCUUGCGGCAUACGUGUUACACCUUGUUUCAGGUUCUCGACCCAACUGUUUUACCCUGUUUCCGGUUUCAUCGACGGCUUCACCGAACGAUGCUGUUCGAUUACCUGCAGUGUCUAAUCGUAAUCCAAUGUGUUUGAGUCCAAAUUCGUUAGCGUUGAACAAAAAACAAUCUCGGCCUACAUUUACAGGUCACCAGAUUUUUAUGUUGGAAAAGAAGUUUGAGCAAACCAAGUAUUUGGCUGGUUCUGAUCGGGCCCAGUUAGCCCAAGAGCUGAAUAUGAGUGAAAGUCAAGUAAAGGUAUUAGUGUUAUUUUUUCGUUUUUUGAUAUUUUUUUUAAUACUUGUUUUGUGUUGCAGUUCGCCUUAG